AUAUUUUUAUAUAUCUGUAAUUAAUCAAAAUGUCAAUUUUUAGAAAUUUAUGGUUAUUAAAUAAACUGCAGUUUUCUCCAAAACUUCUUGGCAGAAGACUCAGUAACGUGUGUCACACUGGAGGCCAAGGAAUACCUCCACCCUCUCACGUUGGUGGUUAUAAAAUCUACAAGACCCUUUUUCUAUUAGUUGGACUUCCACUGAUAAGCUUGGGUACAGCUUAUGCUGUAUAUCAAAAACAGCACAAAGACGAGUGUGACAGACCACCUUUCGUCAAAUAUGAGUAUUUAAGGAAGAGGGAUAAGCGAUUCCCGUGGGGGGAUGGAGACAAGACGUUGUUUCACAAUCCAAGAACGAAUCCUUUAGCAGAUGGGUAUGAAGAUGAACUAGAAGAUGAAAAAUGAAUGGUAACAUAAAAAUUUGUUGUAAAUAUUUAUAUGUUUAUAUUUUUUAUAUUCGACGCCAAUGAGAACAAUAUAUAAUUGAAUAGAA